AUGAUACGUAAAAGCACUGCGAAACAAAAAAAUAGUGACUCAAAGUUCAUUCCAUACGGCGUUUCAAAAGCCUUUAAGGAAGCUGUUAGUUCUACACCAGCUCCUUCGUCUUCUUCAAACUCAACUUCUGUUCCCACCAACCUUGAUUUAGAAAUUAUCCAAGAAGUUUUUAGCUCAUUAUCAGAAAAAAAAUGGAGUUUGAAUAUUUUGACAUAUCUAAAAUUAUUACUCCUAACAAAAUUUCACCAGUCAAAACUUUUAGAUUCUGAUAAACAUCUUGAAGACAAUGAUAUGGAAAAAGACCUUAAAGAUUUCACAGUUGUUACCAAGGCUACCCCUUUUGCAGUUGCUAGUCAUAUCAAGUUUACAUCCAAAGAAAAGAACAACAGCAAAAUUAUUCUCGCUAUCAAUAAUGUUUUUGCUCAAAAAGACGAUUUUCGAGAAGUUUCAAUUCGUCAUGUAAAUUUGACGUAUCGACACUUUCUGUGA